CCAAUAUAAGGUGUUCUGAUCUGGAUCCAGUCACAAUAUCUCUGAACAAUUCAAGCUCCGGCUGGACAACAUUCAGUCAUGAUUUCCCUCCGAGAAGUCACAGGGUUUUGGAUAAUUGCACUACUCACUCUUCAUUGCGCAGAUGUAGGAGAGACCCAAAAAAACGUUCUCAAUGAGCCUAACGUGCCUUUCCCACCUGCCUGUCCCACCGCUGAGAACCUGGCUGCCAUCUGCUAUUAUGGUCAAGGCCGUCCCAGAUACCCAUCCAGCUUCUUCCCGAAAUCCAGGGUCAGUCACUUCCGCCGCCGUGGAAACGCCAUCAACCGCCUGGAGUCGUGGUUCGCUUUGUGCUGCAGCGGACAGAGUGACCAGAUCCUCUGCUGCGCCAAACAAGCCUGGAAACAAACCCUGAAGCAGUUCUGCAACGAAGAGUAUUCCACCAUGACUAACGCGUACACGUGCUGUAGAAGCGGUGGAGAUGCUCGCUGGUCGUGCUUCAACAGCGAUCUGCCGAACCCAAACUACGACCCCAAACCGGGCUACACUGCACCGGUUGUGCCCGCGCAGCCAGGACUGGCCUUCAACGCUUCUGCCUGCUGAAGUUACACAGUAGUUAAUAGGUCAACGUGUGAUACGCUGAGCUAAGACUUGAGAUGCGUCCCGGUUGUUCACACAGCAGCGCAGGGCAUGCUGGUGGUGUUAAUGCUGAGUAAGGAUGUAAACAGCUGAAGUCAGUUAUUAUUUUGGCAAAUCUGUAUUUUAAGCUUUGUUGUGACAACAUGAAACAGGUUUCUUAAUAGCGUUUUUACACUUGUUAUCAGUUGUCACAUUUUCUAACACGUACUGCAGUAUUCUUCUUUAAGGAAAUAAAGGCUGAAAUAACGACAUUA